UUACAGACUAGGGUGUCGGAUAUCCAUUAGCUAUCUCAUCUAUCACCCCGUAAGACCGGGGAAACAGGCUUCAAUGGGGGGUCAGAGCGACCUGGGACUAUUGAUUGGGAAUUGAAAAGGCUUUUGAAGUCUUCUGGUCCAAUCCUCUCGCUUUAAAGAGUAGACUGAGCGCAGGAGGAUAAAUGACUUCUUCAAUGUCAUGCAGGUUAAGUAAGUGUCAGAAUCGGGAUUAGAAUUCAGGUCCUCUGACACCAAAUUCCGGACUCUCCGCUGCGUCGCGCUCGCUCCCUGGGCAAGUUUGAGGAGAGCCGGUUCUGUAACUCAGUUCUCCUUGACUUGGACGUUCUCCUGGGUACGCUGGCUUUCAGAGACUCGUGGCAAUCGGUGAAUGACUGAGGUGGGGUCGCAGAAGGGGGGACCGAGGUGGCCUGAAAACGGGAACCCAGAAGAAGAAAUGGGACUCGGAAACCGAAGAGGGGGAGGGAUACCUGGGAGUGAAGAACGAGGACGAGGCAGGAAAACCUAGACUGGGGGGGUGGGGGAGGUGAGGGGCAGGAAGAGAAUAAAUUCCGGAGAACUAGAAGGUUUUGACCGGGGACUGGACAUGGAAAGUCCAAAUUCUAAUCAACGAGUGAACAAGCGCUUGUUACUAAGCCACAGUAUCAGGCUAAGCGUUGGGAUACAAAGAAAAGUAAAAAAAAAAAAACAAAAAACAACAAACUCCUGUCCUCAAGUAACUUACAGUCAAAUGGAGGGAGACCACAUUAAUCAAAUAUGUACAAACAAGAUCUAUAAAAGAUAAACUGGAGAAAAAUCGAUUGAGAGAAAGCAGUAAAUUGAAGUUGGGGGAAGCGGACUCGAGAAAGGCCAUCUUGCAGAAGGCAGGAUUUUUUUUAGCUGAAACCAGAGAAAAUAGAGAAGAUGAGGAGGGAGAGAGUUCCGGGCAUCGGGGACAGCAGAAAAUACCCCGAGAGGGGGAAUGUCUAGUGGUGGGGGCGACACAGCAAGUUUCAUUGUGGCUUGGAAAGCCGAGAACAGGGAAUGAGGACGAGAUACGGAGACGCUGGCACUGAGGAUCAGCCCCGGGGCCAGAAAAGAUCGGGGUUCGAAGGAUGUGCACCCGAAUGACAGGAGAUCGGGACGGCCCCGGCCAGGACCGGCUGGGGACUGUCUUUCUCUUUCUUGGCUCAGGUGGGAUUCAGGAGACCUACUCCUGGGGCGCUGAAAGAUCAGCAGAGGCAACCCCGACUGUGGCGGGCAGCGCUGGGGAAGAGUUCUGGGACCUGGGUGACCUGUUCAGCAGAGUGACUCUCACCCGCUCCUUCGCUCGGCCCUCAGCCCCAGCCCGACCCCCGGCAUGACCGUGACGUACACAGCCCGCGUAGCAAAUGCUCGCUUCGGGGGGUUCUCCAAGCUGCUGCUGCUUUGGCGGGGAAGCAUUUACAAAUUACUCUAUCGAGAGGUGCUGGUCUUCCUCGGGGGGUACCUGGUCCUGAGCGCCAUCUAUCGCUUUAUCCUGACGGAAGACCAAAGACCCUACUUCGAGAAAUUAGUCAUGUACUGCGACCAGUACGCCAACCUCAUUCCUGUCUCUUUUGUGCUGGGAUUUUAUGUGACACUGGUGGUGAAUCGAUGGUGGAACCAAUACUUGUGCAUGCCCCUGCCUGACGCCCUCAUGUGUGUGAUCUCGGGCUCGGUGCAUGGACGGGAUGAGCGAGGCCGACUGUACCGGCGCACACUCAUGCGCUACGCGGGCCUGUCCGCCGUGCUCAUCCUUCGCUCUGUCAGCACUGCUGUGUUCAAACGCUUCCCCACCAUCGACCACGUGGUGGAAGCUGGCUUUAUGACCCGGGAGGAGAGGAAAAAAUACGAGAGCCUGAAUUCUUCCUACAACAAAUAUUGGGUACCGUGUGUCUGGUUUGCCAACCUUGCUGCCCAAGCCCGCAAAGAGGGGCGGAUCCGAGACAGCAGCACUUUCAAGUUGCUUAUGGAGAAACUGGAGGAGUUCCGGGGCAAGUGUGGGAUGCUGUUUCACUAUGACUGGAUCAGUGUGCCCCUCGUCUACACUCAGGUAGUAACAAUUGCUGUGUAUAGCUUCUUCCUGGCUUGCCUUAUUGGACGCCAGUUCCUGGACCCGACCAAGGGAUACAAGAAUCAUAACAUGGACCUGUGUGUUCCUGUUUUCACCCUGCUCCAAUUCUUCUUCUAUGUUGGCUGGCUCAAGGUGGCUGAGCAGCUCAUAAACCCCUUUGGGGAGGAUGAUGAUGACUUUGAGACCAACUUUUUGAUUGACAGGAAUUUCCAGGUGUCGAUGCUGGCAGUGGAUGAGAUGUAUGACGACCUGCCGCUGUUAGAGAAGGACCUGUACUGGGAUGCUGCAGAUGCCCGGGCCCCUUACACAGCAGCUACUGCUUUCAUGAUGCACCAGCCUUCCUUCCAAGGCUCCACUUUUGACAUCACGCUGGCUAAAGAGGACAUGCAGUUUCAGCGACUGGAGGGCGUGGAGGGGCAGCUGGAAGGUCCCUCAGUAACAGGAGACUUCUUGCACCGACUGCUUGCGGGUGGCCCCGGCGCAGGCCUUGGCCCAGGUCCUUCCAUGAUCUUGGGCCGACGACUCUCCUUGCUUCGGAGGAAGAACAGCUGUGUAUCUGAAGCUUCGACCACAGCUGGCUGCUCUUGCCCAGACUGUGGCCACGACGACUCAGCCACAGGUCCCCUUCUGGACCCGCCAUCUGAGCCGGAGCCUGCCCCACCUGCUGCUCCUGCUUCUUCCUCUGCGGAGCCCUUGCCCUCUGUGGUGGUGGUACCCACAACCCGAGGCCCAACCCCCAAUCCUGCGCCACUGCCUCCCUGGCUGCCCAGCCCCAUUGGAGAAGAGGAGGAGAGCUUGGCCUGAGCCUUGUUGCUCACAGACUGACUGGCGUGCUACGCACUGGCUCAAUGGACGGCCGGCCACUGGAGAGAUGGGACUGUUGGACCAAGACCUCUCUAUGGUCAUCCACCCCCACCCCAACACAUACAUUAUUGAAGUGCAGCUUCUACAGUAUCUUGCAAAUAUCUUGCAAAAACCCAUGUCAUUCAUGGCCACAUGGGUAACAGCUACCCUGCACCCCUUACCCCAUGCCCCAGGGCAACACCUGAAACCUCUCUCCCCUCCCCGCCUGGGACCCAGAGGAAGCACCUGGGCCCCGAGUCCUAGCUAUGCGACUGAAUACCUGUGUGACCUGUGGCAAGA